GCCGAUGCUGCAGUAAAAAAUAGCAGAGAAAGUUAUGAAACUGAAGACAUUGUGGCUCCAACGUGGAGACAGAACAGCCAGCUAAACGAUGAACCAUGGGAUCCGAAAUGGAGGACGCAGGGACGCAGUUUCAUAACCUUUGCCGGUCUCUCUCUCUCUCUCUCUCUCUCACACACACAUACACGCACACACACACUUAAGCUGCUUUCCUCCUUCGCUCUCCACCAGAUCUCUCUCUCUCUCUCUCUUUUCUAGCAGAGAAGGGACCAGUGAACGACAAAAAACGCAUUUAGCAUUUACCGUUGAGCAGAAUGGCGGAGGUGGACGGCAGAAGGAAACAUGUAAUGAGAAGGCGGCUUGUUGCACUCCAGCAGAAACGGGACCAGGGACUGAAAACGAUCGCAGCUCGUCCCUUCUGUGGGGAUUUUGAUUUCGCUAUUGAGAAGGCAGUGAAGGCAUCAACGGGGAGACACGAGAAGGGAAGAAAACCCGAAAAAGGAGCAUAAAACACAGAAUAGAAUACCUACUGCUAAACUAGUACAGGAUACUAAACACCGAUAUCAAUAAUAAUAAUAAUAAUAAUAAUAAUAAUAAUAAUAAUAAUAAUAAUAAUAAUAAUAAUCAAGAUAAAACAAUAUCAUUUCAUAGGCUGGUUGAUUAACGGAAUCAUCAAUUAAAAAAAAAGGAAAAUAUAUAUAUACGGUGUGUACCGACAAAGCAGCGGAUAUCACAAAACAGCAAUUGCAGGAAAAUCUGGCUCCACAUCAAGACAGGCAGCAACAAUCCUCACGGCCUCCAACCAGCGCUGUACAAGAGAGGGAGCGCAUCUUCAUUGCAUAAGCGUGGGUUUCACACACCAGCCCAGCAAGCAGGGAAAGAAAGCAAGCAAGCGUGCAGGCGAGAACCAGGGCAGCAAGCACAAGGCUUUGUGUUGGACCGGACUUCAGAAAGUGUUAUAGCAGGUUUUGAGUAGGUAUGGGACGAUCUUUACAGGCUUAGGGCUUUACAUCAGCCACGCCAGCCGCAGAACUCCAGCAAAGAAAUUCAGCUCUAACCAGCAUUGCACUAGUAAGAGUGGAGAGUCUUUCACACACAGCAGAUCAACUGAACAGGCAGAAGAUACAUCUGGCACAGGCAGGCACCCAAAAAUUCGAAGUCGUCUGCUCAGCUUCUCUCCCCAAAAAUCCCACCACCCUGGGGUGACGGACCGGCCUCUGCCAGAGGCGCGGGAACGAUGGAGGGGACACAGGGGAGUCCCGAGAACCCCAACAGGGCCGUGGAGUACCUCCUGGAGCUGAACAACAUCAUCGAGAACCAGCAGAAACUGCUGGAGACGCAGCGGCGCAGGAUCGAGGAGCUGGAAGGGCAGCUGGAGAGGCUCAGUCAGGAGAACAAGGACCUGAGGCUGGACCGGCAGAACCAGCACCAGCACCAGCACCACAGCCGCAACGUGACCCAGAACCCUCCGCCCGUGCCUCAGAGGGACCGCCGGGGGCAAGCCCGCCUGAUCAGGGGGGUGUCUCGCAGCUCCAGUCCCGGGGCUGGAGAAAGAGGGGACAGAGGGGACAGCUCAAGCACCAGCCCAGCCACCACUCUCCAGAGACAGUCUGACGGGGACUCUUCGAAGCAGGGAAGUGUGGAGGGGGAGCCACAGAACACGGAGACAGGCACCUUCUCGGACAGCCCUUGCAGCCAGACCCCUUUCCGCGCUGAUCGCUAUGACAACAGCCCUCCCGUGCCCCCCCACCCACAACAGCACCACCAUCACCACCACCAUCCCCCCCCACAGCCCCCCCCUCCUGCCAGCGUGACCUGGUCACAGCGUACCCGGCACCAGCCGGCCAGUCUGGCCCUGCGCAAGCAACAGGAAGAGGACAACAAACGGCCCAAAGCAAUGUCUGACAGCUAUGAGCUCUCCACUGAUCUGCAGGAUAAGAAGGUUGAGAUGCUGGAGCGCAAGUACGGCGGGUACUUCCUGAGCCGGCGGGCGGCGCGCACGAUCCAGACGGCAUUCCGGCAGUACCGCAUGAACAAGAACUUCCAGCGCCUGCGCAGCUCCGCCUCCGAGAGCCGCAUGUCACGACGCAUCAUCCUGUCAAACAUGCGGCUGCAGUACUCCUUCGAGGGGCAGGGGCAGGGGCAGGGGCAGGGGCAGGGGCAGGGGCAGGGGCAAUACCCCUCCAGCAGCCUCUCUGCAGCCGGAGCCGCGGACAUGCAGCACCCUGACAGCCCUGCGGGGGGAGCCGGCACCGAGUACAGGAACGACAUGUCUGAUCUGGAGGACAGCUUCUCCAAGCAGGUGAAGUCCCUGGCAGACUCCAUCGACGAUGCGCUCACCUGCCGCACCUCCCACACAGACCCCCGAGAGGCAGGGGGAGGAGAGGGGGAAGGAUUCGGAGUGGAGGAGGAGGAAGAAGAAGAGGAGGAAGAGGAGGAGGAAGAGGAAGGAGUAGGAGGGGAACGGGUCUGGGGGGGGAACCCGACCUCCCGGAGCAGGCAGCAGCAGCAGCACGAGGACAGCACAGCCACCUCGUACAGUGACGUGACUCUGUACAUGGAGGACGGGCUGCCCUCCUCCCCCCUCUCCCUGGACCGGGCCCCCAGCAGCACGGACACAGAGUACUGGGGGCCGGGGGGCGGAGGAGGAGGGGUGGGGUGCAGGGAGGACAGCCGGGAGACGGAGGGGAGCCGCAGGAGCACGCCCUGUACAGAGUGCAGGGACUACAGACUCCGAGGGGCGCACCUGCCCCUUCUCACCAUCGAGCCCCCCAGCGACAGCUCCGUGGACAUGAGCGACCGCUCCGACCGGGGCUCCCUGAGCCGCCAGCUGGGCUAUGAGCCGGAGCCAGCCGGGGGAGGCUCCCCACAGGGCACCCUGAAACACAGGCAAGGCCCGCAGGGGCAGGCCAGGGCCACCGGGGGGCGGUCUCACCACCCCAACCACUCCCACCACUCUCACCAGCACCAGUACCCUGACCCCCCGGCCAGCCUGCCUGGGCUCCCGGUUCUCCCAGUGAUGCCUGUGCUGCCCCCCGCUGGGGGGGCCGGGCCCAACAACGGGGGGGGCGGCCCGGUUCUGAACAACGUGAACAACGUGACGGCCACCAGCAGCGAGGCCUGUUGCUCCGACGGAGACAACGACUCCCUGAACAGCACCACCAACUCCAAUGAGACCAUCAACUGCAGCUCAGGAUCCUCGUCCCGGGACAGCCUGCGCGAGCCCCUGCCCCCCCUGGGCAAGCAGACCUACCAGCGGGAGAGCCGGCACAGCUGGGACUCGCCAGCGUUCAACAAUGACGUGGUGCAGAGGAGGCAGUACAGGAUCGGACUGAACCUCUUCAACAAGAAGCCUGAGAAGGGGAUCCAGUACCUGAUCGAGCGUGGCUUCGUGUCGGACACGCCCGUGGGAAUCGCUCACUUCAUCCUGGAGAGGAAGGGGCUGAGCAGGCAGAUGAUAGGAGAGUUCCUGGGGAACCGGCAGAAACAAUUCAACAAGGAUGUACUGGACUGUGUCGUGGAUGAGAUGGAUUUCUCUGGGAUGGAUCUGGACGAUGCUCUGAGGAAGUUUCAGGCUCAGAUCAGAGUCCAGGGGGAGGCUCAGAAAGUGGAGCGACUCAUCGAGGCUUUCAGUCAGCGGUACUGUGUGUGUAACCCCGUGCUCAUCAGGCAGUUCCAGAACCCCGACACAAUCUUCAUCCUGGCCUUCGCCAUCAUCCUCCUCAACACUGACAUGUACAGCCCGAGCGUCAAGGCUGAGAGGAAGAUGAAGCUCGACGACUUCAUCAAGAACCUCAGAGGGGUUGACAAUGGUCAGGAUAUUCCUCGUGAUCUCCUGCUGGGUAUUUACCAGCGCAUUCAGAAGUGGGAGCUGCGCACCAACGAUGACCACGUGUCUCAAGUGCAGGCGGUGGAGAGAGUCAUCGUGGGAAAGAAGCCGGUCCUGUCUCUCCCUCACCGUCGGCUGGUGUGCUGCUGUCAACUGUACGAGGUGCCCGACCCCAACCGACCCCAGAGGACAGGGGUGCACCAGAGAGAGGUGUUCCUUUUCAACGACCUGCUCGUGGUGACGAAGAUCUUCCAGAAGAAGAAGACCUCGGUGACCUACAGCUUCCGACAGUCCUUCCCAUUGGUGGAGAUGCAGGUCCACCUGUUCCAAAACUCCUACUACGCUCACGGUAUCAGGCUCACCUCCUCCAUCCCCGGGGGGGAGAGGAAGGUCCUGAUUAUCUUCAACGCUCCCAGCCAGCAGGACCGCACCCGCUUCUCCAGCGACCUGAGAGAGAGCGCGGCCGAGGUGCAGGAGAUGGAGAAGUACAGAGUGGAGUCCGAGCUGGAGAAGCAGAAGGGAGUAAUGCGUCCCAGCCUGACGGGGGCGGGGCCUGUGAUGGGGGGCGGGGUCAAGAACAACGAGACGGUGAAUGGAACCCUGAGCCGGCCCAGUCUGGACGACAGCUAUGCCACAGGGGAGGGGCUUAAGCGCACAGCGUUGAGCUCCUCCCUCAGGGACCUAUCAGAGACAGGCAAGCGAGGCCGCAGGAACAGCGUGGGAUCACUGGACAGCACCAUUGAAGGCUCCAUUAUUAGCAGCCCUCAUCCUCACCACCAGCGGUUUCUGCCGCCCCACCACCCCCCCCCGGGCCCCCCAGGGAGCUGCUUCUCUCCCCCUGACGAGUACCCCGCCUGCACCGACCCAUCCCGGCGGGCCUGCCCAGCACCAGCACCUCCAGCACGGGGAUCAGCAGUGCGCCCGGCCCCGGUACCAACAACACCUCCAGCUCCCUGCCCAGCUCCUUCCUGGGCUCCCUCUUCGGGUCCAAGCGCCCCAAACCGGCCCCCCUCAUCCCGCCGGGACCGCACUACCCGGCCCCCGUACCCCCCCCCCACCACAGGGGGCCCCCCCCCUCACAGCCCCUCCUCCCUGGGGUCGUGCGAAGGUGGGCAGUCGAAGAUCCAGGCCCUGCACGCUCAGUACUGUCACAGCGUCUCGCUGGCUCAGGCCUCCGGGGGGGUGAGCGUGAGCCAGCCGCCUCCCCCCUACCACCAUCACCAUAGAUACCACGUGCAGGCCCCGCCCCCCGGACAAGCCCCGCCCCCUCCGUCCCACCCCGCCCACCCCUCUCAUCCCUCUCAUCCCUCUCAUCCCUCUCAUCCCUCUCACCCCUCCCACCCAUCACACCCCUCACACCCCUCACACCACACCCUCCAGAGGGGCUCCCUGUCCAAGCGUGGCCCCCAGUCUGGCUCUCAACACGGCCCUCACUCCCAGCUCUCCCAGCUGUCCCAGCAUGCCCUCCACGGCCGCUACACCAACCUCUCCGCCCUGUCCAUGGGCAGCCCGCACUCCCCUGUGCCCCCUCCCCCUCUGCACUCCCCCCUACCCCCUCCCCCUCUGCACUCCCCCCUCCCCCAGUACUCCCCCUACCCAGUUCAGCAGCUGCUCCACUCCCAGCACCCUCUCCAGAGACCCAAAUCAAACUCCCAGAACCCUCAGCCAUCUCACCCCCCGCAGCAGUUCAUAUUCACCACCGGGGGCGCUGCUGUGCCGGUCUCAGCGUCUUCCCAUCACCCCCGGCACCUUGUCCAAUCCCAGCAUGCCGUGCACGCCCUUGCCCAGCAGCAGCAGCAGCAGCAGCAGGUGGCCCAGCAUCACCAGUAUGUCUCCCAGUAUCCCUCCCUCUCCUCCAUCCCCCCUCCCCCACCCCACUCCCCGCUCCCCCCUCCCUCCAUCCCGCUCACCCCGCUCUCGCCACUCCCACCCCAGCACCCCGGCCAAUCACAACAGGGCCAGGGGGCGGGGCCGGGAGGGGCGGGGACUGGGGGCAGCGGGAAAUCCAAGCCAAUAAACCGCAUCAGCACUGUGGUGUAGGAGGGGAGUGUGGAGUGAGGGGGAGAGAGGGGAGAGAGAGGGGGGAGUGAGGGGAGAGAGGAGAGAGAGAGGGGAGAGAGUCAGGAGUGAGGGGGAGAGAGGAGAGAGGGGAGGGAAGAGAGAGGAGAGGACAGAGAGGGGAGAGAGAGGAGGAGAGGAGAGGAAGAGAAGUCCAAGCCUAGUCAUGACAUCAGAACUUGUGGUGUGAGAUUGAGAGGGAGGAGGAGAAAGAGGAAGAGUUGCCCUACCAUUGCCCCUCAAGCACAGAACCAUUGCCACAGUGGUGCCGCUGUCUGCCUGCCUGCCUGCCUGCCUGUCUGCCUGCCUGCCUGCCUGCCUGCCUGUCUGUCUGUCUGUCUGUCUGUCUGUCUGUCUGUGCUGCAUUGCCAUUGAUGACUAUCUGUGGCUUCAACCAAGACACAGCUUCAAACUGGAGACAAGGAACAAGGAGCAGCUGGGUUCACCAGCCCAGAGUGACACCACACACUAAUGAAAGAGAGAAAGAGAGAGAGAACAAACACCACCAUUUAAAACAAGAACAGAAAGACACACACACACGCUUACACAUACACACUGACACAUACACACUGACACAUACACACAUACACACUGACACACACACACACUCACACACGCACUUGCGUGCACACACUCACACGCAUACACACACACACACACACACACACAGUGACACGCUCACACACACACACUGACACACGCUCACACACACACACUCUCACACACGCACUCGCGUGCACACACCCACACACACAUACACACUGACACACAUACACACUGACACACACACACACACACUGACACACACACGCACAUGCGUGCGCACACACACACACACGGACAGGGAUCAAAGGAAGUCUUUUUUUUGCAUUGCGUCUCGUCAAACGAAAGAGAAACUGUAUUUUUUUUGGAGCAGAACUUGAUGGAACAGGAUUGCAACGCAAGAACUCGAAACUGAUUCAAAAGAAAAAACAAGGGUUACCGUUUUUCUAAACCAAAAAAAAAGAAAAGUUUCGAAACCAAACUGAUGAGACUGAUAGCGCUGAAACCAGUCUGAAACCAACUCCCUCUCAUCUCCUUCCCAGUAUCAGACUGGGAGCUGCCUGCCUGCCUGCCGGCCUCCCUAAUGACUUUUUCUAAUCGAAUCUUCAACCGGGCAGAUGCCAAAUACUGUCCUGUGCCAAACAGUGUCUCCAGGGAGCAGCUCACAGUAUGUGCCAAACACUGUCCCCCUGCUAAUGUGGCUUUCCCUGCACUUUCCCUAAAGUCCAUUCAGCAACCCAGCAACUAACAGGUUUUACAGCACCUAAAAUUGUAUUUAACAUCAAAGAAACUACAGAAUGAUAUUGCCCGAGUCUACCAGAAGCCAUAAUAGCAGUACAGCAGUAUUUCAUGUUAGAUUUCAAAAUGUCACAUUGUUUCAAUUUGUCAUUUUUUUUCGUGAAGUAUCUGGAAAAGCUACAAAGCGCUGGUGUGUAAUUCAAUAUGUUCACAUUAUUCAGUAGCUUUCAAUCCACUUUAUGAAGCAAGCUGAGUUCAUUCUAGAUAGCGGGGGAUGCAGUAGAAUGCAGAAUCUUUUAACGGUGUGUUUCUUACCUCCAGUAGGGGGCGGCAGCGUGCUGCAGGGGGCAGGUUAAUGGAAUCGUUGGUUUUAGCUGUGAACCUGAGAGGGCUGUUGAGGCCACACAGGGUUUGUUUUAAACUUUUUAAAACGGUCCCCAGGAUGUGAGAAUGAGAGAGUGUAUCUAGAGAGUGUAUCAGAGCUAAAAAAAAAAAAAAGAAUGAGAUUUUUUUUCCUCAUUUAUAAUUUUUAUUGAACGCUUAUUACAAAAUGAUACACUGGAUUGGAUAUAUAUAUAUAUAUAUAUAUAUAUAUAUAUAUAUAUAUAUAUAUAUAUAUAUACAUAUAUAUAUAUAUAUAUAUAUAACAAAGAUACAUUCAACCUACAAUAAAUACAAAUACACAACAUGUAAUACUUUUAAAGAUAUGGCAAUAAAAAACAUGGCUCGUUUCUUCUUCUAAAUAAAUGAUAAUUACAAUGUUAUUAAUACCAAUGGAACUGUAAGGAAUAUCCAGAACAAUGUUCCAUGUCAUGAUUAAAGUAGUUAUCAAUGGAAUAUUUAUUAGGAAGCAAGAGAUAUUUGUUAUAACAUGUGCAGCGUUGGUCCAUACUUUAUUAUUAUUAUUAUUAUUAUUAUUAUUAUUAUUAUUAUUAUUAUUAUUAUUGAGUCAUUCAGCAGACGCUUUUAUCCAAAGCGACUCCCAUAGACUGGGGGUGGGGGGGAAGUAUGAAUCUUCAACUGCUGCUGCUGCUGCAGAGUCACUUCCAAUAGGACCUCGUUUGUUUGACGUAUCCUGUGAAGGAUGCAGCACAAGGAGGUUCAGUGACUUGCUCAGGGUCACACACACACACACACACAGGGAGUCAGUGGCUGCUGCAGAGUCACUUCCAAUAGGACCUCGUUUGUUUGACGUCUCCGAAGGACGGAGCACAAGGAGGUUCAGUGACUUGCUCAGGCUCACACACAGUUUUUUGGGAUUUCAACCACCGGCCCCCUUCUGGCAUCAAGCCCUUUUCUUUAACUGCUGGACCCAAUUGUAAAAGCGAGGCACUGCAGGGUACUGUCAUGUAUUGUGCUUUGUUACUGCUUUCUAUGGAGGUGUCAGGACCAGAGAAUCGUCACUCCAGGAAAAGGGUUUACAAUGGAGAGUCAUUUUCCUGCAGGAGUCCAUCAGUGUUAUUAUUGAUUCGUAUAUUCUUCUUCUUAUUAAUAUUAUUACUGCAACUGAUAUUGUUGUCAUUCAAAUGAUUAUUAUUGUUAUUAUUAUUAUUGUUAUUAUGAAUAUAUUAUUGAAAAGAAAUGAACUAUUCUUACUGCUGAAAAAUGGUAAAUGUAACUAUACAUAUAAAUAUAAAUAUAUAUAACAUUCUCGAACCGCGAUUGUACAUGAGGGGCUAGGAGUGUGUGUGGUUGCUUUGUGAAAUAUUACUGGGGAUUAUUAUUAUUAUUAUUAUUAUUAUUAUUAUUAUUACUAUUAUUAUAUUUCUAGCGAUGUUAUGUACUAUUUUUAUUUUUUUAAUCUAUUAUUAUUAUUAUUAUUAUUAUUGAUGAAGUUUUGUGGUUUUGCACAGAGUAAUGACCCUCAUUAACUUUGUACUGCGCUGCUUUGGGCUUUAUUUUGCUUUGAUGUUGUGGCUCAUUUGACAGCAGAUUAAAAAAAAGUCCUCCAUCUCUCUCUCUCUCUCUCUCUCUCUCCAUCCCCCUUUCUCUCUCUCUCUCCCUCUCUUUCUCUCUCUCUCUCUCUGAAUAAUGUAUUUUUGCUCCAGUAAUAUUGAGACCUCAACUGUAACAAACUAAGGGAUCAGUUUGGUCAGCCUACACUCUGAUAAUAUUUUCAUUGGAGUGUUUUACAGCCGUGGGGUGACAGCGUCGGUCACCUCUUUCAGUGCAUUGCAACCAAGCACUGGUUUGUAUAACAAGGUUGUGAAGCUACCCGCGGGCAUGGCGUUUGUAAAGAAUCCAGUAACACAUGUCCUAAUAGUUUUGAAAGCAGUGUGGCUCAGUCUAGUGGUGAGCUGAGGAGGGACUGGGAGAGAGGGAGGGAGUGUGGCCUGGUCUAGUGGUGAGAGCUGAGGAGGGACUGGGAGAGAGGGAGGCAGUGUGGCCUGGUCUAGUGGUGAGAGCUGAGGAGGAACUGGGAGAGAGGGAGGCAGUGUGGCCGGGUCUAGUGGUGAGAGCUGAGGAGGGACUUGGAGAGAGGGAGGCAGUGUGGCCUGGUCUAGUGGUGAGAGCUGAGAAGGAACUGGGAGAGAGAGAGGGAGUGGUCCAGUUUAGUGGUUAGAGCUGAGAUGCGGGGGGGGGGGGGGAGUGUGGCUCAGUGGUUAGAGCUGAGGGACCGUGAGAGAGGCAGUGAGUUUGAUUCUGUUGUCACCCUCGUUUCUGGUAAUCUCUGUAUUGUUUGUCCAGAGUGACGUCACAGCAUGAAAAAAAAACUAAAAAAAACUAAAAACUUA